AUGUGGCUCUUGUCUACAUCUCGCGCAGAGCUACAGUAUUUCGACAGUCCGGAAACCGUCCCGGGCGGCUACGCGAUCCUCUCGCAUGUCUGGCAAUCAGACGUCGCUGAGGACACGUUUCAAGACCUUCGGAAGCUCUACGCCCGCUGUAGUGAAGCCGGCUCAUGCCCGCGCGACUACGUCUCUUCAAAAACCCGGCAGUGCUGCAUCCUCGCGGAACAAGAAGGGUACCAGUACGCCUGGAACGACACGUGCUGCAUCGACAAGUCAAACGACGUCGAGCUCUCCGAGUCCAUCAAUUCGAUGUUCCGAUACUACGCUCAGGCGGAGAUCUGUUUCGCCUACCUCUACGACGUCCCCUCCGGCGACGUCCAGAACGACUCCGUCUGUCGGCAUCGGUUCCGCAUCAGCAGAUGGCACGAGCGCGGGUGGACCCUCCAGGAACUUCUCGCGCCCGAGUCUCUCGUCUUCUUCUCUCAAGACUGGGAGGUUCUUGGCACCAAGUGCGAUCUCGCCGAACUACUGGAGGAGGUGACACAGAUCCCACGAGAGGUCCUUCGGCACGAGCAGGAGAUCACGGAGAUGAGCGUCGCGCAGAGGUUGUCGUGGGCGGCAACCCGCCGGACGACGAAGGUCGAGGACGAGGCAUACUGCCUCAUGGGCAUUCUCGGGAUCAACAUGCCUACGCUGUACGGCGAAGGGAGGAACGCGUUCCGUCGUCUUCAAGAGGAGAUCAUGAGGCAGUCUACCGACAUGUCACUCUUCGCGUGGGGUCAUCAUCUCGACGACACCGGCACCCUCCCCUCGUCCCAAGCUCCUCCGAGCCUCGACAGCCAUCAUUCAUUUUUGCUCGCUCCUUCCUCGUCGGUGUUUGUUACAUGCGCACACGUCCGUCAAGUCUGUCACGCGGAGUCUCAACAGUUCUUCAAGGCUGGCGAUAGACACUCCCUGGUGAAGCGGGUCAUGCGCAAGAAGGUGGCAGGCCUCCACAUUUUCACUGUUACUCCUUACGGAGUACACGCGCGGGUCCCCGUCAUCAAGCUUUCAGCAAGCAUCGCCGUGGCGGUCCUCCUCUGCUCGGUAUCCACAACCGGACAGCAACUAGGUCUCCUCCUGACCGCAUCUCCUACUUCGUCCGACCCCUCACGUCCACUAUACUACCCCUGCAUCACCACCUCCGAAAACUCGUCCUAUCGCCUGGUCCCCCUCGACGCCUCCCGCGGACAGCUCUUCCUCUUCGGCAAACCCGCCUCCGCAAAGUGGCGCGACAUCUACCUCGCGCACCGCCCGCCGCCCUCUCCCCCCGCCCGGCGCAUCUUCCUCAACCGCAGCCUCACGACCCCCUUCCGCAUCCCGCGCUGGACCUUCCACGCGCUCGCGCGCGCGCGCCACCACCUCGAGCUCCUCGCGCCUGCCGGCGGCGACGCCUCCCCGGACUGGGACGGCGCGACGCCGACGACGCUCGUCCUGAGCACGAGCGCGGACCUCGCGCGCGCGCGCUUCGGCGUGCUCCUCGGGCGCUGCGGCGGCGACCGCGACCGCGAUGCGGCGCCGCCGUCGCUGCCCGCGUCGCCGAUGUCCUCGCGGACGUACACGGCGCGCGCGCCGUCCACGGGCCCGCACUGGGCGCGCGUCGUCCUCCUCGGGUCUUCGGGCGCGGUGCCGACCACGCCGCUGAGCCCGACGUUCGGCGGCGCACCGGGUGGCGGUCAGUGCCAGGGCGACCACCAGUGCGCAGUGGACCACGUCGCGUCGUGGCCGGACUUCGCGCGCGCGUUCAAGUUCACGGUCGUCGAUACCGACACGGCGGAGAAGGUGGUCGUGGAGGUCGAGCUCGCGUUCCGCGCGAGUUCGCUGGUUCAGCCUCUGGCUGCUCUGGAUAAGCCGAGUUGGAGCGCCGGGACGGAGAACGAGAGGGAGGUGCACCGUCGAACGUUCGUUACAGAUAUUUCCGUCCGACGUGGGGAAGCUUGGGUCGACCCUUUCCCUCAAUGA